AUGUAUCCUUUAAUUGUGUCGAUUGCUCUAUCCUUCUUCGCCAAGUCAGCUUUCGCUGUACCUGCAUUUGUUACAGGAACUGCGUUGCCCCCUCAGAUCACACAGCAAGCUGGUGGUGGUCUGCCGAAUCAACCUGGGACUCCGAAGCUCUCUCAGAAUGCUAUCAACAACUUCCAGGUCGCAAACUUCCUGGAAAAUCUAGAGUCUGCAUUUUUCCAAGAAGGGCUCAUGAACUUCACACGAUGGGGCAGUGGUGGUACGACGAAUGGUGUUAGCAACUUCAACGUUGUUUCCCAUAUUGCUGCACAGGAAGAGGUCCACGUUGCAUCAAUAGUAGGACUUCUGACUGGCACUGGGGCUCAAGAUAUUCUGCCAUGCGAGUACAACUUUCCGGUUACAGAUGAGACCAGCUUCUUUGCUUUGGGAAACAUCAUCACUAGUGUGGGCAUCGGAGCCUUGAUUGGGCUGCAAAGCGCACUCUCGACAACCGAUCCGGGUCUUGAAGCGACUGUUGGUUCUAUUCUACCAGUCGAGUCACGCCAUGAUGCCUUCUUCCGCAUAACGGCUGGUGAAAUCCCCAAUCCAACAACAUUCGAAACACCUAUCAGCGGGAUCUGGGCUUACAACCUCGCCCUCGACUUUGUGGUCGGCGGAUCGUGCAAGAAUUUACCUCAAUCGAUCACUUCCCUGCCCGUAUUUCCUGACCUUGGUAUUGUCGGCUACGGUGGUCCCUCUUUUGCUACUCCAAAUGCUCCGGGAGAGCUGGUUUUCCGGGUAGGGCAGCCUACGAUGAUGCCGCAGGGCUGGAACAAAGACAUACCUUUGUAUAUGGCAUGGGUCAACCAGGACAAUGUCCCCGCCUACACACCAGUGACCACCGACGCCAAUGGUGAUUUACAUGCCGAUGUCCAGCCAAACAUGUUUGGGAUGGCAUUUGCAGCACUCACAAAUCAGAAUACGGCAACGAAUAUUGACGAUCUGACAAAAGCGACGCUUGCGGGCCCGAUUCCUAUCCCUUUGACAUGA